AUGGAUACUGCUACGGCGCUCUUGAGCCCGACUUCCUCCACAGAUGGCGUCUCCUCGGCUUCCCUCAUGAUGAUCGCCCAGCAGUUCUUCCAGCACCAGUCCAUCCAGCACCACCAGGAGAGUGAUGAUCUGCUGCUGCUGCCAUCGCUCCCGCUCCACCAGCAACAGCAGCCCAGCAUGAAUCUCAUGAGCUGCUGGAACAUGAUCAAUCAGCAGCAGCAGCAAGGAUGCGAGCAAACACCAAUUCAGCUCGCCCAGUGUGGCAGCGUCGUGGAAGAGGAUGUCACGGCCUACUUGGAUGGAUUCACGCCCCCUGCAACGCCACCACACCAGGAAGAUCAUCAGAAGAAUCACCCAAAGCCGCAGCAGCAAGAGCAACAGCCAGACGAUUGGAUGGAGUACCUGAUGAUGAGCAGUUGCAUCAGCGAUGGAGCGGCAGCUGUAGCCGAGCACCACCCCUCGGAAUCCUCGCACAGCUCCGAGCUCUUCACCCCGGACGACAUCUGGAGGGAGCACUUCGGCCUAAAUCUCAUGUCGAGUAGCUGCUGCUCCAGCGAUCAACAGCAGUGGGAUAUCAGCAGCUUUACCACCGCCGCCGCCACCACGACCACGACCACGACCACGACCACCACCGGAGGAGACGAACACCUCGCCGCGAAUCCACAACACGUAAGUACUACCACUGUCAAUCUUCGUAGCCAGCACCACCAGGAGCAGCAGCAAGAUCGAGGAGGAGCCUUGGAGCAGCUCGUCCAGCUGCUGGUGUCGUGCCUGGACGACAUGGAGAGCGGCCAAGCAUCCCCGGCGAUGGACAAGCUCGCCACUCUCAAGGCCAUGGCGAGCUCAUCCGGGAACGCUGUGGAGAAGUGUGCGUGGUACUUCUCCUCUGGACUGGAAGCUCGGCUCCACAGAAGAGGUGGCGAUGAUCACAGCGAUGGCGACGACGAAGAAGAAGAAUCGCCCUCCUCCUCGCCCAACAAGGCCGAAGCCAUAGCCAUGGCGUACAAGACCCUGACCGAUGCCUGCCCCUAUCUCAAGUUCGCGCAUCUCACCGCCAACCAGGCGCUGCUCGAGGCCACCGAUGGAGCUCCCAAGAUCCACAUUGUCGACUACGGCACCAUGCAAGGCGUCCAGUGGGCGGCAUUCCUCCAGGCAUUCGCGACAUGGCCGGCCAAGAACCCUAGCCCCCGGUCGCUGCGAAUCACUGGCAUUCCCAGCCCCCACCUCGGAUCCAACCCCGCCCCGGCGAUGCUCGCCACGCAGCGCCGCCUCACCGAUUUCGCCAAGCUCCUGGGCGUGGAUUUCCAGUUCUGCCCCAUCCUGGAGCCCAUCCGCGACUUCCAGCCCUCGCAAUCCCUGCGCACCGAUCCCGACGAGGUCGUGGCCGUGAAUUUCGUGCUCCAGCUCGCGCAGCUCCCCGCCCCGGCGCUCAAGCGCGCCUUCUCCCUCGUCCAGCGAUUAAACCCUAGGAUCGUCACGGUGGCCGAGUACGAGGCCAACAACGGCGCUAGCCUGCGCGAUCAGCUGGCCAGCAACGCGCGGUUCUACUCCUCGGUCUUCGAAUCGCUGGACGUGGCGCUGCCUGGCGAUGAUCCACAGCGCAUCACCGCCGAGAGGCUCUUCUUCGGCAGAGAGAUCACCAAGAGCCUGGUGGAGGGAACGAAUUGCGAGUGCCCGGAGAAGCAGCGCGAGUGGCAGCGAUGCAUCGAUGGCGCGGGGCUGUGGAGCGCGGCGCUGAGCCACUACACGGUGAGCCAGGCGCGAUUGCUCCUCUGGCUCUACAACAAGAGUGAGAAUUUCACGCUGCUCCAAGGGCCUGGGAGCUUGUCUCUCGGCUGGCUUGGCACCUCCAUCGUCACCGUCUCGGCAUGGCACUGCUAG